AUGGCACCUCAUCCUACACCUCAAAUUCAUCCUAUUCCUACAGAGGAAGUUCAAGAACGCUUAAAGCGUCGUCUCCAAACACCCAAAGCAAUGGCACCAGCACCAAGACAACGACAAAUCCAAGUUUUAUCAUGGGUGGCAUCCAUCGGUUUGAGUGCUUAUGUUGUGCUGUUUGCUGAUUUUGGCACUGAAAAGAACUGUUAUACCCCAAUCCGCGAGUGGUUUCAAGAAAAGAGAAGUAGAUUCUGGACAUUGAGCGAGCAAGAAAAGCAAGAUCUGAAAGACCAAGGAAAGCUGUAG